AUGUUGACCAAGAGAAAUAUUAGGGUGCUAUCAAUUACGGGAGUUUUGCUCUUCUUGGUGUUUUUCAUUGUUAACAAUGCCAAUAACAAUGCAGGACUUAUCGAAUCGAUCAAUUCCAACGCUCAACCAAAGGCUGAAACAUCAAUUGCUGAGAAAUCAGACCCAAAGGUUCAGCAAGAAAUUGACAACAUCAAGCAGGAAAUUGGGAUUACAGGUGACUCCAAGGGCACUCCUGCCUCCACUACGAAAACGGACGAACCAGAGGUCUUUGACCCCGCCAAAGAGUACAACAGCAUUCUCGGUAACUCGCCCAUGAUAGUAUUCUCCAAGACCCGUUGUCCCUACAGUCGUAAGCUAAAGGAGCUUCUAGAGGAAGAAUACGUCUUCACACCCAACUACGCCGUUGUGGAACUUGACAAACACGAACAUGGAUCCGCUUUGCAAGAGUAUAUAUCAGGGCAAACGGGUCGUGGCACCGUGCCCAACGUUAUCAUUAAUGGUAUCUCCAGAGGCGGUUACGAUGAUUUUAAUAAGCUACAUUCAAACAAUGCCCUCUUGGACAGUCUACAGGAAUGGGGUGAAAAAUCUCUGAAGGUAACUCAGAAUGAGAAACCAUCCAAUAACUAG